UUUUGUGUGUUUAUAGAUCUGAUCUCUAAUGAUGCAGAGUGAGGACCGCAAGAGAAAGAAACACAGUGUGAACCCCAGAAGCGUUUCAGACGAGUACAGUCUGCGUGAGCGACCCAAAGACGAAGCCUCAAAGAUGAAGAAUAAAGUCUCUACUUCCCAAGCGGUCAGCGGUAAGAAGAAGCCGUGGUCGUGGGAUCAGUAUCUGGAGGACGAGCGAUCUCAAGCCGCUCCUCUGCAGCUCUUCACCGAGUUCCAGGCGUUUCCUGACAGCAGGAAUGGUUUUAAGGCGGGGAUGAGGCUGGAAGGCAUCGACCCGCUGCAUCCGUCCAUGUUCUGUGUGCUGUCUGUGGCCGAGGCUACCGUCUUCCGCCUCCAUAUCCAUAUCGAUGGUUACUCCGAGUGCUAUGACUUCUGGGUAAACGCAGACUCUCCUGACAUCAAACCAGCAGGAUGGUGCGAGUCGACGGGACACAAACUCCAUCCACCCAAAGGGUACAAGCCGAACGAGUUUAACUGGGAGAAGUAUCUGGAGUCCUGUAACGCUCAAGCCGCACCAAAGAACCUCUUCAGACCCCAGAGCAGCGCGUCCAGCGGCUCGGUGUUUGAGGUGGGCAUGAAGCUGGAGGCGGUGGACCGUAAGAACCCGUGUCUGGUGUGUGUGGCCAGCGUAGCUGACAUCGUGGACCAGCGCUUCCUAGUGCACUUCGACAACUGGGACGACACCUACGACUACUGGUGUGACGCCAGCAGCCCCUACAUUCACCCGGUGGGCUGGUGUCAGGAUAACGGCCGGCCGCUCACGGCUCCUCAGGGACACCCGAAUCCAGAGCACUUCGUCUGGGAGGAUUACAUGGAGGACACGGGCGCGUCUGCGGCUCCCAGUCAGGCCUUCAGUGUGAGAUCCCCACACGGCUUCCAGACGCACAUGAAGCUGGAGGCGGUGGACAGACGAAACCCCAUGCUGAUCCGCGUGGCCACCGUCACCGACACCGAAGACCACAGAGUCAAAGUGCAUUUUGACGGCUGGCAUGAGAAGUUUGAUUUCUGGGUGGAUUCGGACCUGCCGGAUCUUCAUCCCAUGGGCUGGUGCUCCAGGACGGGUCACCCGCUCGAACCGCCGCCGCUCACUCACGCAGGGCUGUCAGACAUGAAGAGCUCCGUGACGCAGGGCGUGUGUCCAACCCCGGGCUGCAGGGGCAUCGGCCACAUCAAAGGAGCAAAAUACACCGGACACCACAGUGCCUUCGGUUGCCCGUAUUCUGACAUGAACAUGAAGAAGGAGGUGGUUCUUCCCGACCGGCUCGGAGGAGAGAAGCAGAUCACCUUCGUCCCUGUGCACUUUGUGCAGAAGACCAAACGUCUGUGUCCAGACGAGGAGGAGGAGGAGGAGGAGGAAGAUGGGAAGGAGGACAUCAGUCAUGUGGACAACAGGGUGGUGGUGACGGCGUGUGACGGCGCUCCUCGUCCGCGCGGCCGGCCUGCGGUGGUGAAGAGAGAGCUGAAGGACGAGCCUCUGACGGCGGGACAGAAGAGAGGACGCUUCCCCAGCAGACUCUCUCAGUCCACGAAGUAUCUGCGUAUCAAGGAUGAACAACACCAAAUCGAACAUCAACAACCUCAUCUCAAGCGUAACAUGGACAGUCUCCAGCAGGCUCUGCAUCAGUCCGUCUUCUUGUCUGCGAUGUCUGCUCACCCGAGCCGUGAUCUGCCGCUGUGUUGGGAGCAGCACUGUAAGCUUCUGCCCGGUGUGGCCGGCGUUCAGGCCAGUCGCGUCUCCCACUGGACCGUCGAGGAGGUGGCUGAUUUCAUCCAUUCUUUACCCGGCUGUGAGGAACAGGCCAAGCAGUUCAGAGAGGAGCAAAUCGACGGGAAGGCCUUUCUUCUGUUGACGCAGCGAGACAUCGUUAAGAUAAUGAGUGUGAAGCUCGGCCCCGCCCUCAAGAUCUACAACUCCAUCCUGAUGUUCAAACACGCCGAGGAUAAAAGCGACGCCGACACAUGAAGCCGAGCGAGCGGCGUGUGUAUGUGCACACGUGAAACACAGAUGAAUCUACUGUAUCGAUGCAUUCCAACACCUCUCGUGCCCCGUUAGCACUAAACACCGUCUCCAUCAGGUUCCCGUUCUGCCUUUAAACUGACUCCCUUUCCUUCUUAAACUCAACGACGUGACAAUCAAACGCAGUUCACAGCGUCUCUAUCAGGGCUUUCUCUCGCUCACGGUGCUAUUUGUAUUCAAACACAAACAGGUGAUCAACAACUACAGGAUUUGCUUGUGUGUGUGUGUGUGUGUGUGUGUGCGCGCGUGCGUGUGUGUGAGAGAGACUUUAAAUGAGCAGUUCAUCUGGUAAUGAGUGUUCUGUUAUCGUUUACUCACUCUCUUCAUGUGACUUUCACAAAAGAACACCCUGCUGUUUGGAGUUGAAUGGAAGUGAAUGGAGGCUCGACCGAAUGACGCAAACAGCUGCGUAUCGUACAGUGAUGCGUACGGCUUUCAAUCGCUUCGAAUUAGGACUGAAAUCUCAUUGGCUGACAGUUCAGUUCUGUCGAUAUCAGUGACAUGUAGUUUUUGUAGUCUGUUUGAGAGGAGAGGAAGAUUAUCAGUCAAUAAUAGCUUCAGUAUCUAUAUACUCUUCAUAGUUCAGAAAAAAAAAC